UACGAUUCGUUAGAUGAAUAUGUUUAAUAUUUUAGGUGUUAAAUCUAAAUUAAAACUGUUGAGGGUCCGAAAGUUUCUGGACUCGAUUAACGAGGUACACUCUAGGUCAUUAUCUUACGUCUCUCGUCGUGCGGAACAGAGGAAGGAGCGAAUUAACAAUCUAAGGAAGUCAUCAAAAUGCGCACGCUCAGCGAUAGGUGCUUUUUUUAUUCGCUAUAUAGAGGAAGAUUUCGAUUACAAGAUGUUGUUAUAUAAAGAAAGAAUUGGUAAAAUUAUUAAUCAGCACUGUUUUUGGGAAAACGUAUGGUGGCGCUCUAUUGACCGGUAUAAUCUUAUAGUGGCAUCCAUUAUAAACCAACGUGCGACGUAUUCACCUUGCAAAAGAAAUUUGGAAAUAUUAAGUAGUGCACUUAAGAUGCGCGUGGAAAUUGAUGGUAUAUACAUAAACAUACACUACCUUAUUUUUCGGGAAGAUGUCAAAUGGAGCGUGAAAUCUAUUGCACUAAAAUUAAUAUCUGAUACCCUUCAUGGCGUCAAAUAUAUUCCAGCUGUCAUGAAUUUUGGUGAACGAAUAAGUCGGCUAAAUUAUCGCAACCGCAUUGGCCUAUAUAUGAUUCAUGGCCGUCAACAAUUUGAAGGUAGAUACUGAUUCAACAAUUCAUUCCUUUCGCAUUGUAGUGGUUUUGUUAUAUCGUUAUCAUCC